AUGGCAGAAAUUUCUCUAUUUGAAAAAAUUGAAGGAAAUUGGAAGAAAGUGAGAGUAGUAGUAGGACUUCGUAAUUUCCAUUUAACUAAUUUAUAUGAAUUAUUACAAAAAUCUCUUUAUGAACAUAAUUAUUGUCGUGCUAGUGAAAUACUUGAAGUUUUAUUACAAUGCCCCGAUUGUGAUCUAUCUAGAAUUUGGCAGCCGGCCAUUGAGGUGUUAUUCACUUUAGAUCCUACAUCAACAGCUUUUAUUGAAUUCUUUAAUAUAUUGUUAUUAAAAAAUCAUACUUUGAGUUCAAAAAUAAUAUUGGAUAAACAAAGAAUUAUAUUGGAAUUAGUUUUUUAUCAAAUGAAAUAUGGAAAUGCAACUGAUGCUCUCGCUACUGCCGAAACGUAUUUACCAAUGGAACCAUAUUGUAACAAUCCAGUUCUGCAUGGAUAUACAGGAUUACUUGCAUAUUCAUUGUGGGAGCAAUUAAACAUUAUGAUUAAAGAAAAUGAAUCUAAACAUAAAAUCUAUAAGCCACCAAAACAUGAACAAUUUAUGGAUCGACAAAAACGUUAUUAUGAAAUGAGUUUGAGCAAUUUUAAAAGAUCUCUGGAUCUGGAUAUGUCGAAUGAUAUGUUUUUAAUGUAUUGUGUUAAGUUACUUUUGCAUAAUGAAGAAAUCGAGGAAGCUAUAACAGUCAUGCAAAAUUUCUGCGAUAAAAAUCCAUCAGUCUUGACGGGACACAGACUUUUGUUUGAAGUCUUGCGCACUUAUAAAAGCUUUGAUUCGAAAUGGGUUGAAGUAGGAAAAACAUAUCAUCGGAUUGAUCCAGUUAGUCCACCUGAAAUUGUGUUUAAUCCAUUAAUCGAACAUUAUACACAAGUAAUAAAAAGAACGAGUGAGGAAGAAAGAGAGAUUUUAGCAGAUGCAUAUUAUAAUAUAUGUGAAUUACUGUUUCAACGUAUUGAAUAUGGAGACGAUAAUACUAACUAUUUAUUUAAAACAUUACAAAGUUUUAUAUGGUUAGAGUUAAUUAAAAUUGGUGAGUUAUUAAAAAAUAGAGGAGAAUGGUUUAGGCAAUAUUUAAUUCAUACACAAAGAAAGGUGGUUAAUUCAUGGUGGGAACUUCAAUGUUAUAAAAUAUUAAGUGCUUGUGUAAGUAAUAGCGAACCUAUUUUUGGUACUAUGGGUGAAUUAGCUGAAAGAGCUAGAGAAUUUGUUUUGGUUGGUAACCAUUUUCGUAAUGAUCGCACCUUUUUUGAUUUUGUGAGGCAAAGUAGAAAAAAUAACUGUAUUAAUGUUUCGAGAUUAAGUGAUUCGGGUUCAGUUAAUUCGGGUAAUGGAUUAUCUAAUGUUGAAUAG